GGACUGCCCAGCUCCUCCACCCUUUCCGACCAGCCGCCUUCCGCUUCUCUCCCAGGUCUUCAGCUACAGUGGGGUCUCUACCUCUCCACUGGACAGGAAUCCCCAGGCCCAGGCUCUGAGACGGGGGUCCCUCGGGCCUUGCCUGGGGCUGGGAUGACCCUCAGCUCAGGAUGCAGCAACGAGGGUUGUCCCGGGGCUGGAGGGCAAGCAGGGUCCAAGGACCCCGAGGGAGUGGGCCAGCCGUGCCCAUGUGCAUUGGGAGCCCCUGGGGUGGAGAAGGGCCAGGCCGAGGGGGGGUCUCCAGGUCGCAUGUGCACCAGGCCGAGCGACCGGGAGGGGCUGGGGUUCUGCGUGGUGGCCCCGGCCCAGCCCCCGGGGUCCCGCGCUCUGCAGUGCCCGGGGGCGGGCGCGUCUGCACAAUGGCAGGAAGCGGGGCUCCACGCUUUGUCCGGAGCGCGGCGGUCUGCGCCGUUUCCUCCGGCCGCCUUGGGGACAGGACCCGGCGUCUCCGGGCGCCGAGCUGAAGCCGGGCCCGGCCCCGGGAUGCCCUCCCCGGACUCCGAGUACCCCUGCGGGAGUCGUGCCCGCAGCAGCGAGAGCCAGGUGUGCCAUCAUGCUGAUUGCCAGCAGCUGUACUUCCAGGGACCCCUCAACCUGUGUGAGGCCUGUGACGGCAAGUUCCACAGCGCCAUGCAUUACGAUGGACAUGUUCGCUUCGACCUGCCCCCGCAAGGCUCUGUCCUGGCCCGGAAUGUUUCUACCCGGUCCUGCCCCCCACGCACCAGCCCUGCUGCAGACCUAGAGGAGGAAGAGGAAAGCUGUGUGGAUGGCAAAGGGGACCGGAAGAGCACAGGCCUAAAACUCUCCAAGAAGAAAGCAAGGAGAAGACACACAGAUGACCCAAGCAAGGAGUGCUUCACCUUGAAAUUUGACCUGAAUGUGGACAUUGAAACUGAAAUUGUGCCAGCUAUGAAGAAGAAGUCACUGGGGGAGGUGCUGCUGCCUGUGUUUGACAGGAAGGGUAUCACACUGAGUAAAGUGGAUAUCUACUUGGACCAAUCCAACACACCCCUGUCCCUUACCUUCGAGGCAUACAGGUUUGGAGGACACUACCUUCGGGUUAAAGCCAAGCCAGGGGACGAGGGAAAAGUGGAGCAGGGAGUGAAGGACUCCAGGUCCCUCAGUCUGCCAAUCCUGAGGCCCACUGGGACUGGGCCACCUGUGUCAGAGCGUGUGGACCCCCAGAGCCGACGUGAGAGUCUGGACAUCUUGGCCCCUGGUCGCCGGCGCAAGAACAUGUCUGAGUUCCUGGGGGAGGCAAGCAUCCCGGGGCAGGAGCCCCCCAUGCCUUCCAGCUGCUCUCUGCCUGUUGGCAGCAGUGGGGGCACCGGUGGUGGGAACAGCGAGAGCUGGAAGAACCGGGCGGCCAGUCGUUUUAGUGGCUUCUUCAGCUCCGGCCCCAGCACCAGUGCCUUUGGCCGGGAGGUGGACAAAAUGGAGCAGUUGGAGAGCAAGCUGCAUGCCUACAACCUCUUCGGGCUACCCCGGCUGCCCCGGAGGCUGCGCUUUGACCACGAUUCCUGGGAGGGGGAAGAGGAGGAUGAGGAUGAGGAUGAAGGCAAUAUGAGUCUGAGGCUGGAGGACAGUUGGCGGGAGCUCAUUGAUGGACAUGAGAAGCUGACACGGCGGCAGUGGCACCAGCAGGAGGCAGUGUGGGAACUCCUGCACACAGAGGUCUCCUAUAUCCGGAAACUGCGGGUGAUCACCAAUCUGUUCCUGUGCUGUCUCCUCAACCUGCAAGAGUCUGGGCUCCUGUGUGAGGUGGAGGCUGAGCGUCUGUUCAGCAACAUCCCCGAGAUCGUGCGACUGCACCGGGAGCUGUGGGGCAGCGUGAUGGUGCCGGUGCUGGAGAAGGCGCGGCGCACGCGGGCACUGCUGCAGCCUGGAGAUUUCCUCAAAGGCUUCAAGAUGUUCGGCUCCCUUUUCAAGCCGUACAUACGAUACUGCAUGGAGGAGGAGGGCUGCAUGGAGUACAUGCGGGGCCUGCUGCGUGACAACGACCUGUUCCGCGCCUAUGUCACGUGGGCCGAGAAACAUCAGCAGUGCCAGAGGCUGAAGCUAAGUGACAUGUUGGCCAAGCCCCACCAGCGGCUCACCAAAUACCCGCUGCUGCUCAAGUCAGUGCUGAGGAAGACGGAUGAGCCUCGUGCCAGGGAAGCUGUCAUCACCAUGAUUAGCUCCGUGGAGCGCUUCAUCCACCAUGUGAACGCAUGCAUGCGGCGGCGACAGGAGAGGCAGAGGCUGGCAGCCGUGGUGAGCCGAAUCGAUGCCUACGAGGUGGUAGAAGGCAGCAACGAUGAGGUGGACAAGCUCUUGAAGGAAUUUCUGCAUCUGGACCUGACAGCACCCAUCCCUGGUGCCUCCCCAGAGGAGACUCGACAGCUGCUGCUGGAAGGGAGCUUGAGGAUGAAGGAGGGAAAGGACAGCAAGGUGGACGUGUACUGUUUCCUCUUCACUGAUCUGCUCUUGGUGACCAAGGCUGUGAAGAAGGCUGAGAGAACCAAGGUCAUCAGGCCGCCACUGCUAGUGGACAAGAUUGUGUGCCGGGAGCUUCGAGACCCUGGCUCCUUCCUCCUCAUCUACUUGAAUGAGUUCCACAGUGCUGUGGGGGCCUACACGUUCCAGGCCAGCAGUCAGGCCUUGUGCCGAGGCUGGGUAGACACCAUUUACAAUGCCCAGAACCAGCUGCAGCAGCUGCGUGCCCAGGAGCACCCAGGCAGCCAGCAGCACCUACAGAGCCUGGAAGAGGAGGACAACGAACAGGAGGAGGAGGAGGAAGAGGAGGAGGAGGAGGAAGGCGAGGAGAGUAGCACCUCUGCUGCCAGCUCCCCCACCAUUCUUCGAAAGAGCAGCAACAGCCUCAAUUCCCAGCCCUGUGCCUCUGAUGGCUCCACCGAGACCCUGGCCAUGGUUGUGGUGGAGCCUGGGGAGGCGCUGUCCUCUCCUGAGUGUGACCAUGGUCCCUUCGGCUCCCAGUCAGACGAGACCUCUCUCAGCACCACGACUUCCUCCAUCACACCCACCAGUGAGCUGCUGCCCCUGGGCCCCGUGGACGGCUGCUCAUGUUCCAUGGACUCUGCCUAUGGCACCCUGUCCCCCACCUCUCUGCAAGACUUUGUGGCUCCAGCCCCUGUGGUGGGACCUGUGCCCCAGCCCCUAGAGUUAUCGCAGACCCCAUCACCCCCUCCCUCACCCCGCCUCCGCCGCCGCACCCCUGUCCAGCUGCUCCCUCGCCUGCCCCACCUGCUCAAGUCCAAAUCUGAGGCCAGCCUCCUCCAGUUGCUAUCAGGAACUGCCACUCGCGGAGUGCCCCCAGCUCCCAGCCGCAGCCUGUCAGAACUGUGUCUGGCCACAGCCCCUGCUGUUAGGACUCAGGGCUCUCCUCAGGAAGCUGGGCCUGGCUGGAAUUGCCCAGGGCCACGUUGUCCUGGCUGUGGCCCUGAGACAUCAGAACCCAAGAGCAGAGCCCGCUGCCUGCCUGGGGGAUCUGUAGACUCUGCCAGAAGGAGGUGCAGAGAGCUGCCUUCUGGGGCUGCUCCCAGGGUGCAGCCUGAGCCUCCCCCUGGGAACUCUGCCCAGCACAGGAAGCUGACCCUGGCCCAGCUCUACCGGAUCAGGACCACCCUGCUGCUAAACUCCACGCUCACUGCCUCGGAGGUCUGAGCAGGAGGAGGCCCCCAAGGGGCCAGUGCUAAAGAACAGCAGAGCAGACAGCACGUCUGGGGGAUAUGGCACCUGCUUCUGCUGCUGCCUAGUGUCCAUGUGCCGGAGUGCCAGGCAGGAUGCCUACCUACCUACCACCUCAAGGCUGAUUUGCACUUUGCCAGACUAGAUGGAGUGGAGAGGGGCUCAGAAGAGCUCCAGACCCAGGCUACAAGGCCCUACCCCUUACCCUGGCAGCCCCUUGUCUCCUGCUUUUGAAAUUCCUAGCCCUAAUCCUCUGGGCUGGACUCCCAGGCUGCCCACCCACAGGGCUCAGAUGGGAUGAGCCCCCACCCCAGCCCAGGCUUGGGCUGUGCUCUUUGUCACGCUGCGUAUUUAUUAAGUUUGGUUCUUUUAUAAAGACUUGUAUAUCCUCCCCU